GGUUUCUUUACUUCCAGGCCUGGUUUUCGGAGCUGAACAUUUACGUCCGAUCAUGAAUGUGGUUUGAGUCGGGAUAUCCGGUGCCGGAGAUAUGUUGACCGGUACCUUCAGGUCCGACACCUUUUGCCACAAUCCCAUCAAUCACAGGCCGCAUUCACUUGUCCGAUCGACAAGGCACAUUCAAAAGGCAGUAUGUAAAAGCGUGGUGUUGUCUAAGGGCUCUGUCGGACCAGCACAGCCUAUUCAACUUACCUGAAUCUUACCUCCUACCUUAUCGACUCAUUUUCUCUCGAGUUUCCUGGUAAUAUCCAAGGGGACGAGCAAAGACAAUGGCAAUCCACAUGCCACCCAUUGGCCUGCCCAAGUCGCAACGGGCCAUCAAGGUCAGUGUAGAUGGUGUGGCCACGACAAGCGAAGGUGACCUGCCUCAAGUUGGCGACGAAGAAGUGCUAGUCCGUGUGGUCUGCGUGGCCCUCAACCCGGUCGACAGCAAAUCGGUCGAAAUGUCACCUACACAUGGAGCGACGGUGGGCUGUGAUUUCGCCGGAGAGGUCGUGCAGAUGGGCAAGGCCGUAUCGACCGUCACAUUGGGAGCACGGGUCUGUGGAUGCGUCUUCGGUAACAAUCCAAUGAGGCCUGAUAACGGAGCGUUUGCAGAGUACGUCGCGGUCCCCGCGCGGCUGGUGCUGGUGGUUCCACCCAGCAUGCCAUACCAGAGUGCGGCCACGCUCGGUGUUGGUCUUGCGACGGUCGGACUGGCGCUGUAUCAGGGGAUGAGGCUGAAGUGCACGCCUUCAGCACCAGCAAAGAAAGGAUUCCCAGUGCUCGUGUCAGGAGCGGGGACAGCGACAGGCGCGUUGGCCACUCAAAUCCUCACGCUAUCUGGUUUGCAGCCCAUCGUGACCAGCUCGCCGGGCAGUUUCGACCGGCUGCGUCGUUUGGGGGCCGUGGCGACGUUCGACUAUCAGUCUCCCACGUGCGGCAGCGACAUUCGCGAAUACACAGCCAAUGAGUUAGGGUGUGCUCUGGAUUGCCACGUUGACUCGGGUUCCAUGACCAUUUGCUACAAUGCGAUCGGUUCGGAUGGUGGCAGAUACGUAGCAUUGAAUCCGUUCCCUCUUCGCGUGCAUCGACGACGUAGCGUGCAGCCAGGAUGGGUUUUCAUGUUCACCCAAUUCGAUCAAACGAUCCCCUGGAAGCGACCUUACUACCGCGAUGAAAGACCGCAGGACUACAGGUUUGCCACAGGCUGGUACGAAGAAAUGCAAGAAUUAUUGGAGGCUGGCACACUCGUGCCCGGUCCCUACAUCGAACAGACCGGGGGACUUGACGCCAUUGUCCGCGGGCUGGAAGCAAUGGGCAGGGGUGAAAUUCGGGGACGAAAGUGGGUUUAUGCCAUUGGGAAAGAAUAG